AUGGUCCUCGAUUCCAUCCCCUUGAGCUCUGCCGACAUCAACCUCGACAUCUCAGGUGUCGCUGGUUUUUUUGGCGGUGAUGUUGCCGUCUCCGCCAUGGCCACCGUGCACGUCUACCAGGGCAGGAAGUGGCUCGGGUGGUACAACUCCCCAGGCUCCUACGAGAUCGCAAAGCGCUACGGCCAGCUCGGCCGCUCCCGCUGGUGGGAUGGCCUCUACCCUGGCAUCAACGUCGACCCUGCCGUACUCUUCGAGCUUGACGGUAUGUUCGGUCCCAAGUACCGCGCCGUCCACUCCGGCACCGUCAUGACAAAGACAGGCCAUCUUGCCCAUCUCCUCCUCCAAGAGUGCAAGGGUAUCCCUCCCGACAAUAUCCACAGCCUCCCAAAUUCCCGCAUCACCACCCCCGCAUGCGUCACCGUCGUCCACCUCCACAACGAGCCUGCAAUGGAGGAACAUCCCCGUCUCUUCCGUGACACCACCAGCCCCCUUGCGCUCAUCCCCAUCUUUGUCUCCGCCGCCACCGCCGCCGCCUGCGCCGCCUACCAGGACUGGUAUUGCUUCUCCAUGAUCGUCCUUGGCAUCCUCAGUAGCGGCGUCUCCUGCUAUGUCAUUGGCACCGGCGUUUUCACCUUCACCCACCCACUUCCUGCCAAAGGUGCACCCUUGGGCGAUGGCGUUUUGGAGAGCUCAGGCGAGGACGUCGUCAUUCUCAAGGGUCCCGAAGGAGCCGUGAAUCCCAUCACCCGUGGCCGCUUCUCCCUCAAGUAUUCCAGUGAGCCAGAAUACCACAACAUCGGCAUCUGCUCCAUGCUCCUCACUGUCCAGUUCCUUGCGCAGCUUCUCCUCGUUCCCCAGGGCGAGAUAUUUGGCCAGAUCAUGUUCCUAUCCUCGCUCACCGUCUCUUGGAUAUACAACUCCUACCUGUCCUCCCUCGACAAGGAGAGCAUCCAACGUCGGAUCCUCGUCCAGCAGGUCCUCCGGGAGCCAGUCAUGCGCAAGUUCAAGCUGGGCACCAGGACCAUCCUCGUCGUCUUCGUCCUCCUCGUUCUCUCCCCUGCAGAUCCGGAGGCUCUUCGAAAAGUGCUCGACGACAUGCUCCCUAACGAGACAACCGUCUGGAGGCUCUUCAAAGAGAACAUCCUGAUCGAGAUCCCCAAGGUCCUUUCCAGCGAGAAGGGUCGCACCAAUGCGUUUCUGUUCAAAGACGCUGUCGCCCCCACGGUCCAGAUGAGCGACAGGAAGCUGCUCCUAACACUCUACAAGGAUGCUCGCACGGCCUGGGAAGCGUAUGAAAAGUGA